AUGGCCUCUGCAGGGCUGUGCCUGGGCUGUGGCUGUGCUGCCUCCCUGAGCCCCUCGUGCCUCUCAGCCCAGUUCAGGCGGCCGGGGGAUUUUGUCCUGGGGGGUUUGUUCCCCUUUGGGAAGGACACGGUGAACCUGACCGCUCGCUCAGAGCCCACCCUGCUGCUCUGCCAGAGGACCAGCUGCCAGCUGCCCCACGUCCCUGUGUCCCUGCCCAGGUUAUUCACGGACGGGCUCAUCUGGGCCCUGGCCAUGAAAUUUGCCAUCGAGCAGAUCAACAACUGCAGCUGGCUGCUGCUGGGGGUCACCCUGGGCUAUGACAUGUAUGACACGUGCUUCGAGCCCCUGGUGGCCCUGCAGCCCAGCCUCCUCUUCCUCACCCAGAACGGCAGCAGGGCCAUCGGGGUCCUGUGCGACUACAGCGAGUACCGGCCGCGCGUCACCGCCGUCAUCGGGCCCCACAAGUCGGACCUGUGCCUGCUCACUGCCAAGCUCUUCAGCUCCUUCCUGAUCCCACAGGUGAGCUACGGAGCCAGCAGCGAGACCCUGAGCAACACGGAGCUCUACCCGUCCUUCUACCGCACGGUGCCCAGCGACAAGAACCUGGUGGAGGCCGUGGUGCUGCUCCUCAACCACUUUGGCUGGAACUGGGUGGCCACGGUGGGCAGCGACGAUGAGUACGGCCGAAGGGCCCUGGCCCUCUUCCUGAGCGUGGCAGGCACCAACAACAUCUGCAUCGCCUUCGAGGGGCUCAUCCCCUCUGACCUGGCCGAGCCCGGCGCCAAUCGGCAGCUGGAAAACACAAUUAAGUUAAUUAACAGCACCAAAGUCAACGUCAUCGUGCUGUUUGCGCACAGCCUGCCGGCCCAGGCCCUGCUGGAGCGCAGCAUCGGCGCGGGGCUGGGCAAGAAGGUCUGGAUUGGCACCGAGACCUGGAUGCUGUCGGAUGUCACCGCCUCCACGCCCAACAUCCAGAGCAUCGGGACAGUGCUGGGCUUUGUCAUGAGGACGGGGACAGUGCCCGGCUUCCAGGAGUACGUGGCUGAGCUCUUCAGCUCCGUCACCCAGGAGGAGUUCUGCCGGCAGUCCAGGGAGCUGAGCCGCCUGAUGAACGCCGAGGUGCUGGACACGCACUGCCAGCAGUGUGGCAACGUCACCCUCGGGGACAUCUGGCCCAUGCUGGGGGUGACAGCGGUGCAGCCGGUGCACGUGGCCGUGUACAGCAUUGCCCACGCCCUGCACAGAGCCCUGGGCUGCACCUCCAGGGGCUGUCCCAAAACACCCGUCAGGUCCUGGCAGCUGCUGCACUUCAUGAACACCCUCCCGUUCGAGGUGAACGGCCAGAGCUUCAGGUUUGAUCAAUCCCACAGCACAAACACGGGCUACAAACUCAUCUCCUGGGCCUGGAGGGACGAUGGCACCCUGACCUACCUGCCCGUGGGGGACUACGACCAGUCCCUGUACAUCCAUCAGUCCCAGAUCCAGUUCCACACCGCAGAUAAGAAGGAGCCCACAUCUGAGUGCUUCAGGCGCUGCCAACCAGGACAAGUCAGAAGAAUAAAAGGGUUCAACCUCUGCUGCUAUGACUGCACAGACUGCUCAGAAAACACCUUCUGGAGCAGCACAGACAGCACCAGCUGCUCCCCGUGCCCGCGGCACCAGUGGGCCCCGGCGCGCAGCACGCGCUGCCACGAGCGCGGCGAGAGGUUCCUCUUCUGGGACGAGCCCCUGGCCGUGGCCCUGCUGACCCUGGCGGCCUUCACAGCGACCCUGAGCGGCGUGGCAGCCCUGCUGUUCCUGAAGCACCUGCAGAGCCCGCUGGUGCAGCUGGCAGGGGGUGCCAGGAGCCUCCUGGCCCUGCUCUGCCUGCUGCUGCAGAGCCUCAGCUGCUGCCUGUACGUGGGCAGGCCCAGCACGGCGCUGUGCUGGCUGCAGCAGCUCUCCUACGCCCUGUGCCUCAAUGGCUGCUUCUCCACCUUGCUGCCCAAGGCCCUGGAGAUCACCCUGCUGACAGAAUUCCCUCGCCGUGCCCCCAGGCUGCUGCGCUGGGUGACCCACGGCGGGGCCUGGCUCACGGCGGCCGCGUCCGUCACCAUCCAGGCCUUGCUCUGCCUGUGCCACCUCCACCUGGGCCCCGACUACCUGGUGGCUGACUACGAGUCCCUGCCCAGCGAGGUGCUGCUGGUGUGUGGCACCCAGUCCUGGGCAGCCUUUGCCCUCCUGCACGGCUACAACAGCUGCCUGGCCUUCACCUGCUUCCUGUGCACCUUCAUGGUGCAAACGCCGGCCGGCAGGUACAACGUGGCCAGGGGCAUCACCUUCGCCACCUUCAUCUAUUUUGUCAUCUGGAUCUUCUUCGUGGUGAUGUUUGCCACGCUCAGGACGGUGCUCAGGGCUGUCACGCAGAUUUGCACCAUCCUGGCCACCACCCUGGGCAUCUUGGCCAGUUACUUCGUGCCCAAGUGCUACAUCUUGGUGUUCAGGCCUGAUCUGAACACGGGGGAUUAUUUCCAGAACCCCUCUGAGGUGCAGCCAGAGGAUAGGCAAUAAAUCACACCCUGGGUCACCUGCUCCUCACAGAGGUUGGAUUUUAAGGAGAAAAUCCUGUUUAUGAGCACGCUGUGGCUCCAGGCACAAUCACAUCUGAACCAGAGCUGUGGAAGCACAGGGCUCAGCAAGUCCAGAGGAGCAGCCUCCAUCCUCUCUGGAAACAUUUCAGCCCCAAAAUGGAGCCAAAAUUAAGUUCAGUUAAUGAAAGAACCUCCAGAAAUGGUAUUUUACACCAAUCUCUCAAGCCUGGAAAUGUGAGUCACCAACAGCACUUCCCUGUAAACACUUGUGGUAAUUUCCCUUUCUCAUUAAUUAAGAGCUCCAGAGAUAGAUCCAGGAAUCCUCUCCCCAGCCUUGUAAGAAUUGUCAAACCCAUCCAAUAAAAGAGAAGCAAAAAGAACAUUCUGGCAGGUACCAGCAGCUGUGUGUGUGGCACAGAGGGGGCACUGCCCGUUCAAAUCCCAGCUCACUCCGUUUGUGCCCAUGGAAAUGAGCUCAGUGCCAACCACACCCUGCAAAGGCACAGCAGGAGGUUCCUCCCUCCCCAAAAACCAGGCAAAAAUCACCAAAAACUUCACAUUGUUGCCAAGUCAGUAUCCAGUCCCAUCACCGAGGUUUUUCUUUUCCCCACUCAUGUUGACAAGAAACUAUUCUGCUUAAAAGUUUUUCCAUUUCUGCUCUUUUGUUCCCUAGAUUAAGUUUUUUCCAUCUCUCCACUGUGUUACUUUUGGAAUUUAAGCAGUCCAGCUCAAUUAAAGAAUUUGCCAAUUAAUCUGAACCAGUGAAUAUUUUCAUUCUUAAAAAAAAAAUAAA